GCUAGUGACCAUAGCUGACAAGGUUCUAUACGAACCCCGUGGUCCUUAGAGAGUUUGUCAGUGUGUUCUGCGGGUAGGUCUACGUGGUGAGGAGUGGGACUGUCCUGUCGUGCACCUAUCACCAUGGAUGACUACCCGAUGUAUGGGUUGCUCGUGGGGUUCUCCCUUUGGGGGACCCUUUGGCGUUUCAUUUUCCCAUUGGGAUUCUGGAACACGUUUUCGUGUAGGGUAGAGACACGUACGGGGAUGGGUAUCUCGCCCUACACGGCCGAGCAGGAAGCAAAGGUCGCCGCCAUCCUCAAAGAGAGGAGAGAGAAGGAGGCCAAGAAGAAGGCCUUGCUGGAGGCGCAGGCGACGAAGUUGAAAAAGAUAGAGGAGGAGAUGGCUAGAGAGAAGGAGAGGCUGAAGAAAGAAGAAGAAGCGAAGUUAAAGGAAGUGGAAGAGGAAGAAGAAGAAGAAGAAGUAGAAGAGGAGCCACUGGAGAGAGGAAGAAGAGGAAACAGAGGGGAGUCUAGUGGACCCAACGAAGACUUGAUGGAGAAGAAAAUUUCAGAGUGGGUCGCAGGGCUGACCCUGGGAGAGGAUGAGGAGGCGUUAAUGUAUGUGCCCAGGGACGAGCAAAAGGCGGCCGUGCGAGAGUGGGAAGUUGAAGGAGUCCCACUCAAGCGGCAAGUGCUAGAAGAUGAGAAGAGGAUGGAGUGGAAGUUCCGCCUCACUAGGGAGAGGAAGCGAAGAAUGGAGGCAGCAACAGAGGCGGCGAAAGAGUUGGAAGAGAUUAGGAAGCAGAGGGAUCAGAUGGCGGUCCAAGUAGAUUUACUGGGGAAGGUAGAGAUCCUGGCCAAGAACGUGGAACGCCUGGCAGGAGGAACAGCUUUUAUUUGGGAGAGAUUGCUAAGGAAAGAAACCAUCUGGAAGUGGGAUAAGGACUGCACGUCUGCCAUGAAGAAGUUGAAACAGGCAUUGAUAGAGUACCCAGUCCUCAAGGUGGUCGAUCCGUCCUUACCCUUUGUCGUCACUACAGACGCCAGUCAGUACGGCAUAGGUGUUGUUCUGCAGCAAGACGAUGGCCAUGGUUAUAGACCCGUAGAGUUCAUGUCUGCCAGGAUGCCUUCAGAGAAGAUAGCAACAUCUACCUACAAGAGGGAACUCUACGCUCUCAGGCAAGCGUUAGACCAUUGGAAGCACUACUUGCUUGGGAGGCACUUCAAAGUCUAUUCCGACCACGAGACAUUAAGAUGGUUAAAGACGCAGGCCAAGACGACAUCUAAGCUUACUAGGUGGGCCGCAAAAAUAGACCAGUAUGAUUUUGAGCUCAAGCCAGUUAAGGGGAAAUAUAAUGUAGUUGCGGACGCUCUGAGUAGGACGGCUGACUACUUUGGGGCGAUAGUUCACUAUCUGGACAUAGGGAGAGACCUGCGGGAAAGGGUUAAAGAGGCAUAUGCGAAGGAUCCUAUCUAUAGUGACCUCCUCAAGAGAGUAAAGGAGGCCCCAGAGACCGAGCCCAAUUACCGCACUACUGACGGACUGUUAUUUGAGAAGACUGACGUAGUUGACCGUCUGUGCAUUCCGAAUAGUGAGGAGAUCCGUAGUCUGAUCUUAGGAGAAUGUCACGACACAGAGGGUCAUUUUGGUUGGCAAAAGACUCUAGCCAAUCUAUUGCACGCGUACACCUGGCCAGGAAUGAAGAAUGACUACAAAGAGUAUGUCCGCAGUUGUAAAGUUUGCCAGCGGAAUAAGACUACUACGCGUGCCCCACUAGGUCUUCUCAGACCCUUGCCUAUUCCCGAUCAGCCAAGAGAUUCGGUGUCCAUCGACUUCAUGGACGCUGGCGUCAAGAGUAGGCAUGGCAAGAGCCAAGUCAUGGUGAUAGUCAAUAGGUUUAGCAAGUAUGCUGUUUUUAUACCUUUGCCUUCAAAGGCACGGACCGAGCUAGUGAUCCGUAAAUUCUUUGAUCAUUGGGUCGGUGAGCACGGGGUCCCAUUAUCCAUAGUCAGUGAUAGAGACACCCGGUUCACGAGUCAAAACUGGCAGGAGUUGAUGAGAGUCUAUGGCUCUAAGUUGCUAAUGUCGUCUGGCCGUCAUCCAGAGACCAACAGUCAGACUGAACAGACGAAUAAGGUCCUGCAGCAAGUUUUGAGGAUGUACAUUAGACCAAAUCAAGUUGACUGGGACGAGAUGCUCCCCAAGGUAGCCAGUGCCUACAACAAUAGUGUGCAUUUGUCUACAUGCCGCAGUCCCAACGAACUGCACAAGUCCUUUAGACCGCGCAGACCGUUUGGAGGACUUAACCGGGAUCAGAUUCAUAGGCUACCGCCCGGUACUAGAGAGUUCGCUAUACAGCACGAGAAGGAAUUAGCUACUGUUGUGGAGAACCUCAGGAAGGCCCAGCAUAGAAUGAUAGAACAAGCCAACAAACAUCGUCGCCCCUCACAGUUCCAAGUAGGCGACUUAGUCUGGGUCAAGGCUAAAGAGUUUGCUCCUGAGGAGAACAUCUCGCAAAAGUUACUGCCUGCGUACAGAGGACCGUGGCCCGUUCUAGAAGUCAAGGGCGGAGAAGAUGGGCCGUCCUACACCAUCGAGAUUCCAGUACACCUCCACACCACCCAGUUUUCCAUGCGUCAAAGUUGUUGCCAUGCACAGUAAGUGACCAGUUUCCAUCUAGACGAUCCAUGAUCCCUCCAGACAUGGAUGGAAGGUACGACAUUGACGGCAUUGUAGGUGAAG